GAGCAGCGGCGGGCGCAUGCGCCGUGCCGGCCGUGCCAUAUUGGAAUGAGGCGGUGAGCGGAGCGCCGGGAGCCCGAGCCCGGGGAGCGGCGGGGGCUGGAAAAACUCCCCGCAGGAUCUCUUCUUGAAUGUCCUGGCUGCCAGCAGGAUUGAAAGUGGGAGGCAACUCAUGACCACCAAACUGUGACAGCCUCGGAUCCCCCUGCUUCUAGCUGCUUGGAAUAACCACUGGGCUAUUGUGGAGAUGAAUGGAGAACAGCAGUAUGAUGCAGAUGCUGGUUCUGGUGUGGAAGAAAUGGAAUUCAAUUGGGAUGAGUAUCUAGAAGACACAGGAGCAGUCGCAGCCCCUCAUGGAUCUUUUAAACAUGUGGAUACAAGUUUGCAGAAUGGUUUUGCCCCUGGUAUGAAGCUAGAAGUAGCUGUCAAGUCUGACCAGAACACCUACUGGGUAGCCACCAUCAUUACUACCUGUGGGCAGCUGCUCCUGUUGCGCUACGAUGGUUACGGAGAAGAUCGCAAGGCUGACUUCUGGUGCGAUAUCAUGACAGCUGAUUUACACCCCAUCGGCUGGUGUGAGCAAAACAAGAAGAUUCUCAAAGUGCCUGAAGGUAUCAAGGACAAGAUACCUGACCAGGAGGAAUUCCUUCAGCGAGUGCUGAAAGGAGCAUGCAGUGCUCCUGCUAAUCUGCUGGAGGGGCUUCACAGAGGGAAAAAUCCAUUGGAUCUAAUUGCACCAGGCUCCCGACUAGAACUGCAAAACUUCCGGGAUUCCCUGGAAGCCUGGAUUGUCAAUGUGGUAGAAAAUGUUGGUGGGAGACUUAAAUUGCGAUAUGAGGGGCUGGAGGAUUCUGACAAAUUUGACCAGUGGAUAUUCUACUUGGACCCUUUCCUUCAUCAAUUAGGGUGGGCAACUCAGAAUGGAUAUAACCUGCAACCACCUUUAGCCAUUAGGUCCUUGAAAAGUGAAGCAGAUUGGCAAGAGAUCUUGAAGAAAGCGAAGGAGGAGGAAGAGGAGUCAUCAGUUCCUACAGACCUUUUUAAGGAUAAACCUGUGAUUGGAGUACAUUCGUUCUCUGAAGGCAUGAAGUUAGAAGCUGUGGACCCGAUGGCUCCUUUUGUGAUAUCUCCUGCUACGAUUCUCAAGGUAUACAAUGAAAAAUAUUUCAUGAUAGAAAUUGAUGACUUGAGACCAGAGCGUACAACCAGCCAGUCUUACAUUUGCCAUGUCAACAGUGCUCGAAUUUUCCCUGUGCAAUGGAGUCUGAAGAAUGGCUUGCAUCUUAGUCCUCCACCAGGUUAUCCAGGGCAGGACUUCGAUUGGGCAGACUACCUCAAACAAUGCGGUGCUGAGGCAGCUCCCCAGAGCUGCUUCCCUUCGUUAACUUCUGACCACGGAUUUAAAGAGAAUAUGAAACUUGAGGCUGUGAACCCUGUUGAUCCUGAAGAAGUUUGCAUUGCUACAGUCACCAAGUUGAAAGAUUCUUACCUCUGGCUUCAGCUGGAGGGUUCCAAAAAGCCCGUACCUGACUGUAUAGUGAGCGUGGAAUCAAUGGAUAUAUUUCCAGUGGGUUGGUGUGAGACGAAUGGAUAUCAGCUCAGACCUCCUCGCAAAGCAAUAGUAAACAAGCAGAAAAAGAUUGCAGUAGUUCAACCCGAGAAACAAGUUUUGUCUUCAAGGACAGUUCAUGAUGGACUAAAGAACCAGGAACUAAACUCUUCUGACUCAGUGAUAAUUAAUGGAAAGUACUGCUGCCCAAAGAUCUACUUCAACCACCGGUGCUUCUCAGGGCCUUACCUUAACAAAGGCAGGAUUGCUGAGCUUCCUCAGUCUGUGGGACCUGGGAACUGUGUUCUUGUUCUGAAAGAGGUUCUCACUUUAUUGAUCAAUGCAGCUUACAAACCCAGCCGUGUCCUGCGAGAGCUGCAGUUGGAUGAAGAGGCUGCAUGGCAUGGGCAUGGAGAGAUCCUAAAAGCCAAGUACAAAGGGAAGAGCUACCGUGCAACUGUGGAAGUGGUAAGGACAGCAGAUCGGGUGGCGGACUUCUGCAGAAAAACAUGCAUCAAGCUGGAGUGUUGUCCAAACCUCUUCGGCCCUCAGAUGGUGCUGGACAAGUGUUCAGAGAACUGCUCUGUCCUGACAAAGACUAAAUACACACACUAUUAUGGAAAGCGGAAAAACAAGCGGAUAGGUAGGCCUCCGGGUGGCCACAGUAACCUGGAAGUAGCCAUGAAGAAACCAAAUAAAAGAAGGAAGAGACGAAAACAUUUUUUUGUUCAUAAGAAAAAACGUUCUUCUACUUCAGUGGAUAACACUCCAGCUGGAUCUCCCCAGGGCAGCGGGGGAGAAGAGGAAGAUGACCAGGAUGAGGUAGAUGAAGAAUCUUUGACCGAGGAUAGCACUUCGGAGCAGCAAGACGAAUUACUUGAGGAAUCAGAGGUAUCAGAGAAGAAAUCACUGUCAUCCUCUCCUACACAGAGUGAGCUGUCUCAUUCUCUGGCUCAGGACCGAGACAAGCGGAAGAGGAAGCUUAGGACCUUUUCUUUUUCUGAUGAUGAAAAUAAGCCUCCUUCACCGAAGGACAUAAAGAUUGAAGUUGCUGAAAAGCUGCAGCUGGACAGUAACCCUCUGGAAUGGAGCGUGGCUGACGUCGUGCGAUUCCUCAAAUCCACCGACUGUGCACCGCUGGCAAGAAUAUUCCUCGACCAGGAAAUUGACGGCCAGGCACUGCUGCUGCUGACCCUGCCCACCGUUCAGGAGUGCAUGGACUUGAAACUUGGGCCAGCUAUUAAACUUUGCCAUCACAUUGAGAGGGUCAAACUUGCUUUUUACCAGCAGUUUGCUAACUAA